AUGGAUCCUGGACGAUCAGCCCAUCCACCCAAAGCCCCCGCUUCUACCUCCUUAUUCGCACCCAUGCAAUCCUUCGCUCCUGCCACCAAUCUAGCCAGUGCAGUUUCUCAACCGCCAAACUCCUUCAACAUGGCCUCAAAACCCGCCCCGCAAGCCUUCGCUGCCCCGCUGCAGUCUACGUCCAUCGGCGCCGCACCCUCAAUCUCCCAAAGCCAACCCUUUGCGCAAGCUCUGAACGCUUCCAGUGCGUCUGGGAUACCAGUCGCUUCACAGGGUCUCAAUUCCGACUCAAUCCCACGAUCGGAAACCAUGCCCGCUACGCAGCCCGCCACCGAUAUCUACCCCCACCAGGUGAACGACCUCGGUGGUCCCACAGCAACUGCACCGUUCUUACAGGACUUUAGUCUUGUGGCUGAGGCGGCGAAGCGAGCGCAGAUGGGGAUUGUGAUGCGUGAUUUGGAGAGCGUGACUUUAUAA